CUUGACACACCGGUUCUGACCGUCCACCAGACCAUCAGUGAUGUGCGAGGCUCUUACUAUCAGGAGAAGACAGUGUUUCUGCGCUGCACAGUCAACUCCAACCCUCCGGCGCGAUUCAUCUGGAAGCGGGGGAAUAUGCUCAUCGAACAGAGCAAGGAUAAUGGAGUGGACAUCUACGAGCCCCUUUACACUCAGGGUGAGACUAAGGUGCUGAAGUUGAAAAACCUAAGACCCAAGGACUUUGCUGACUACACCUGCCAGGUGUCUGUCCGGAAUGUGUGUAACAUUGAAGACAAGUCGGUCACCUUCAGGCUUACAAAUGCUACAGCUCCCCCAAUGAUCCGGCUGUCAGUCAAUGACACGGUUGUGGUAGACCCUGGGCAGGACGUGUCCCUGACCUCGAUGAGCAACCUGACCUUCCAAAUAACACCUGACUCCAACAAGGACAGUGAGACCAUCCAAAUGGGCCGCGACCUCAAAUUGUCAUGUCAUGUUGAUGCCACCCCGCAAGACAAAAUAAAUUACACCUGGUACAAAAAUGGUGCACCAGUUUUCAACUCGGAGAGCCUGAUUUUACUGCGCAGUGAUCCAGACAUGGCACCCGGCACCAGUAGCCUGGAGAUCGUGGACAUGAAGUUCAGAGACCUGGCCACCUACAGCUGUGUGGCCAACUUCCCGGGUAGCAGAGUGCCAGAGCUGCGUGUGGAUGUCAACAUCUCUCAGAACAGUGUCUCUCCUCCAGUGCUGUCAGUUCCACCAGGCAGUCAGGUCGUGAGCGUGCGUGAGGGCGGCAACACUGAGCUGGUGUGCUUGGUUGUUGAUGGUAAACCUCGUCCUCCGAUCCUGUGGUCACGGACAGAGAAGGACCUGCUGAUGCCUUCAGGGCAACCUACGAUGGAAACACCUGAUGGCCGCUUGAGGCUAAAGAACGUCACCCGUGACAUGAUGGGGGCGUAUCGGUGUCAGACAGCUCCGUACAAUGGUCUUAACAUCAAGCGCAGAGAAGCGCAAGUCCAGCUGAAUGUACAAUGUAAGAUCCAAAGUCUACGGUUAUUUGUGUCCACAGAUCCUCCCAUUGUGGACCCAGUCUUUCAGGAUGUGCGUUCAAGGAACUAUCAGAUCGUGACCCUGAGAUGUACGGUCCUGCGGUCAAACCCUCCUCCAUUAACAGACAUCCGCUGGCUACGUAAUGGUGAAUCUAUUCGAAUGACCGCGCAAGACCUGAAGAAGACUCCAGAGCUGAAGUUCAAACUGGAACCCACCAACAAUGGCUCGUAUGAGUGCCGAGUCAGCAAUAGCGUAGGAACCUCAACUUGCACAUUCAAUGUCUCUACAAAACCUUACAAUGCUGAGUUUUACUUUGAUACACCUAACCCUGUGCGUAUUCUGAAGGGAAACAACUACUCCUACAAUCUGCAGUGGACACAGAAAGAUCCAGAGGCUACAGACCGCAUCAUAGGCUACUGGCUGAAUGUCCGA